AUGAUAGCGUCUAUACCCACAACUUCCACACAGAAAAAUGUCAUAUAUUACCAUGUUAACAUCAAAUUGCCUCUUCGGUCCAUAACCACUCUAAAGAGGUUUUCCGACUUCUACAGCUUAGUAGAUUCUCUCUGUUCGAAUUUAAAAAUCAAAGUGAAGGAUUUUCCGUAUGAGCUUCCUUCUAAGAAAAUUGGUUCUAGUUGGUUUUCUGGAAGCGAAAAUUCUCCACUCGUGCAGGAUCGAGCGCUAGAGCUCAGCAAGUUUGUAAACUCAAUCAUUCAAGAUAGGGAGUUACAGAAUCACCCAUUGGUUCACCAAUUCCUUGAAUUACCAUUGAACUUCAAAUUCACCGAGGCAAUCACUAAACCAAAAUCUUCAGGCAAUGAUCUAGAUGAUUUAGUGCUCCCAUCGGACCAGAGCUUGGUGACGAACUGGCAGGAAUAUGCGAGAAAGUUCAAGUUUCACAUUAGCCAGCUCUCCUCACAAGCAUCAUCAGCUAGUAGUAUCACUUCGCGACUUGAGAUUCGCGAGAAGGUGACCAAAGUAAUUAAACCAAAUUUAAUCAAACUAGAGCGUGCAGCAAAUGAAAACGCCACCGAUAAACUUGAGGUUAAGAGGAAACAGAUGGUAUUGUCGGACAUAUCGUCUGAACUUGAGAGCUUAUUGAAAAAGCUUGAGUCUCCUAAAUCUGCUGCUAAUAGCUCUACUAAUAAUAGGCUCGACCUCUUGGGGAGUCGUCGUGUGUUUGGGGGAAAUACAGAACAAGCGUCAGAAACAAAUGACACUCUUCCUUUAAACAAUCAAGAACUUAUCCAACAGCAAGUUCAAGUCCAAAAGAACCAAGAUCAAGAAAUUGAGCAGCUACGUAAGAUCAUUCAAAGGCAAAGGCAAAUCGGAGAAGUAAUAAAUAACGAAGUUAUGGAACAAAAUGACAUAUUGGAUGGAUUAAAUGAAGAUGUGGAGAGAACUUCUGAAAAAUUAAGAAGUGCCAAAACAAGGGUUAGAAAGUUAGGUUAA